CCUGGUAUGCACCCUGCUUUCGCUCCCGGCCAACCCCGCGCGCUGGGAAGUGAUGUCAGGGCUGGGGGUCCUGGCGCCUCCCGGAAGUAGCUGCCCCCGGCGGUGCCUGCGCAGGCCCCGGCCCCGGCCCCUGUCCCGACAUGGCUCCCACCAUCCAGACGCAGGCGCAGCGGGAGGAGCCGGGCCACAGGCCCAACUCCCACCGGACGCUGCCCGAGAGGUCGGGCGUGGUCUGUCGGGUCAAGUACUGCAACAGCCUCCCCGACAUCCCCUUCGACCCCAAGUUCAUCACCUACCCCUUCGACCAGAACCGGUUUGUGCAGUACAAGGCAACGUCGCUGGAGAAGCAGCACAAGCACGACCUGCUGACAGAGCCUGCUGGCGUCACCAUCGAUCUCAUCAACCCCGACACCUACCGCAUCGACCCCAGCGUGCUCCUGGACCCGGAUGAGAAGCUGCUGGAGGAGGAGAUCCAAGCACCCACCAGCUCCAAGAGGUCACAGCAACAUGCCAAGGUGGUGCCGUGGAUGCGCAAGACCGAGUACAUCUCCACUGAGUUCAACCGUUACGGUGUCUCCAAUGAGAAACCUGAGGUCAAAAUCGGUGUCUCUGUGAAGCAGCAGUUCACAGAAGAAGAGAUCUACAAAGAUCGUGACAGCCAGAUCGCCGCCAUUGAGAAGACCUUUGAGGAUGCCCAGAAAGCGAUCACGCAGCACUACAGCAAGCCUCGUGUCACCCCUGUUGAAGUCAUGCCUGUCUUCCCCGACUUCAAGAUGUGGAUUAACCCCUGUGCCCAAGUCAUCUUCGACUCGGACCCGGCACCCAAGGACACAAGCGGCCUGGCCGCACUGGAGAUGAUGUCCCAGGCCAUGAUCAGGGGGAUGAUGGAUGAGGAAGGGAACCAGUUUGUGGCUUAUUUCUUGCCAGUGGAGGAGACGCUGCGCAAGCGGAAGCGACAGGAGGAGGAGAUGGAUUAUGUCCCCGAGGAUGUGUACGACUACAAGAUCGCCCGGGAGUACAACUGGAAUGUGAAGAACAAGGCCAGCAAGGGCUAUGAGGAGAAUUAUUUCUUCAUCUUCCGCGAGGGUGAUGGUGUCUACUACAAUGAGCUGGAGACCAGGGUACGGCUGAGCAAGCGGCGGGCCCGGGCGGGGGUGCAGUCAGGCACCAACGCGGUGCUGGUGGUGAAGCACCGUGACAUGAACGAGAAGGAGCUGGAGGCCCAGGAGGCACGGCGGGCGCAGCUGGAGAACCACGAGCCAGAGGAGGAGGAAGAGGAGGAGAUGGAGGCUGAGGAGGCGGCAGGCUCGGAUGAAGAGCAGGAGCAGGGCAGCGAGAGGGGGGGGGGGGAGAGUGACAAGGAGGAGGCGGCUGAAGGCUCAGGAAGCAGCAGUGAGCGGGGGGACUCAGCCCGCAGUGAGGAGGAGGAUGAGGCUGAAGAAGAAGAGGAGGGCAGAGGGGGCCAGCGCAGUGACGCUGCCCGGGCUGCCCGCGACCGGGAGGAGAUCUUUGGCAGUGACAAUGACUAUGAGGAAGAGGAGGAGGAAGAAGAAGAGGAAGAGUCAGAGGGGGGGGGCAGUGAGGGGGGGCCCCCCUGCAGUCCCCCCUGUCCUGCCUCAGCCCCCAGCGAGGCCUCGGAGGAGGACGAUAGCCCCAGCAACACUUCUGAGUCCUCCAGUGACUGAGGGAGGGGGAUUCUCCAGCAGCUCAUAGCAAGGUUGAGCCUGGGACCCUCCCCACCCAUCGCCCUUUUGGGGUAAAAACCAGGCACUUCUUUAGGUUUGUUUGGGGUUUUUUUUCUCUUUAAUAACAUAGUCAUGGUUACCAGCCAUAGUCAUAACAAAAGUUAUUCGUAAUAAAAUGUAUCUAAAAUAA